AGAUGGGUGCCACUGAUCCAGGGAUAAACAGAACUUCUCAGCUACCUGUGUACUUAGUGUUAUAUUGCGUCUCUGAGUUAAGUGCUCCAAGUUAGUUCUCGGUUCCUGCUUGCUAUUGAUUUAUUUACUGUUACCCCGGACGACCCGUAAACAGUAAACACGUACAGUUGUUACCUGUGACCAGUCAACCGUAACGACGCAUAAGAAAGUAUGAAUCGGUGUGCAUGUGCUUUCAUGUUCCCGGCUAGUCUUGGACACGGCCGAUAUACAGUGUACCCACGGAGACCUGUGAAUGAUUGUCUUCUGUAAUGAUCAGAUCUAACAUGGCGGGCGAGGUUGCGUUGGACAUAGGGCAGGAGGAGAAGCCCAUGGGUCUGAUGGAACAAUUACGUAUACAUUAUAAGUAUAGAGGAAAGCGGACAGACAAACGUCAUAAGAGGAAUGCUAAGAAUGCGGUCCGUUGGUUAGUGGCAUUCCAGGCUCCCACCCAACUCUUCAUGUUACAUUGUUACCUCAUUCCGUACCUGUUGGAGGAUUACGACGACUGGACACAUUAUUAUUUUAAAGUAUUGGUAACUUACGGAGCCGUGCUGAUAAUAGCUAAUUACAUAUGUACAGUCUUGUAUGACACAAGACUUCCCAAAACUAAGGACCGGCCCGAUUUACCAGGAUUGAACGACCGCUGGGAAAACCCGCCAGACCAUUUUGUGUCCAUACACAAUCAGAAUGGGUCUGCUGCUCCAAUCCAAUCCCAGAACACGGACGGUUCUGGGUUCGAAUGGAAAUAUUGUGAAAUUUGUGAAAUGUACAAACCCCCUCGCACUCACCAUUGUGACAUUUGUGAAGCAUGUAUAUUGAAACGUGACCAUCAUUGUUUCGUUGUUGGAACUUGUAUCGGAUUCAAAAACCAAAGAUACUUUGUUGUAUUGACAUUUUACGCGGUGAUAUAUGGAAUUUUUGGUGGAUUUCUACAGUUUAAAUAUCUACAGAAUAUUUACUACCCCGUAAGUUACGCCUGGACAGACUUUAUCCCACCUGUAGCCUUCUAUCGCUGGCUGUUCGGACGUGUGGACGAAAUGUCUUUACAUGUUUCGAUCAUGAUUUUUCACGUUUACCUGGAAUUUCUUUACGGAGUUAUUGGGGUUAUUUAUUUCAAUUCACAAAUGACCAUCAUUCCUCAAGGCAAAACCUUACAUGAACUGGCGAAAUUUAUCCCUGUUCGAAACUUAAAUAGUAUUAAUCGUAACUUUCGGUCUGUGUUUGGAGAUUUCUGGAUUCUGAAUUUCUUUUUUCCAAUGCAGCUGAUUUUCCCACAAACAGACGACGGUAAAACGUGGGAAGGUGUCAAACUGGACCAAAACGCAAAUCUUCAAGAGAAAACAAACUGAUUUUAAUGGUUGAACUAAUUUUAUGUCACACCUGAUAUUGAUGAUGCACGAUGAUGUUAUUUAUUAAAAUACCACUGAGUAAACAUC